ACUUCCAGGGAAGAAGACGAGGAAGAUUCCAGUAACAAUGCUAGCAGUGGCGGUUGUAAGAGCCCUUCGGGGAGGAGAUACGAUUCAGGGAACAAAUCGAACCAGCGAUGGAUGAAAUUGCGAACAACUGUUCAGCUAACAUCUGCAAUACAGACGAUACAAAAGAAGCCUCCUUUGAAACGAGAAGAUUCCUUCCUCAAACGAUUCUCCACUAGACAGAUUCCGGAAACUCAGGAGACGGUUGAAGACACGGGGUCAGAGGGAAACACAGGUGAUCUUCAAAAGCCCCAAAGACGUAGAAGACGUGUCCAAAAGUCUCCUCGAUCUGUGGUUAAUCCGGAUGAAAACUUCUAUUUUUAUUGGUUGAUGUUACUGACCAUUUGCGUCCUUUACAAUUUAUGGGCUCUCAUCGUUCGCCAGAGCUUUCCUGAAUUACAGAAUUUAGCGUCCAAUUAUUGGUUCACAUUAGAUUGCCUUAGCGACCUCGCCUUUGUACUAGAUCUCGCGGUGCAACUGCGCACCGGUUACUUGGAGCAAGGAUUGAUGGUGUACGAUAGUAAGAAGCUGGCUGGGCACUACUUGCAGUCUCGUGCCUUCGUUUUAGACUUGUGCGCCCUUUGUCCGCUAGACUUACUUCAACUGAAACUGGGACCUCAGCCAAUGCUCAGAUUUCCUCGAUUUUUGAAGGUGUAUAGAGCUGUGAACUAUUACUACAUGGUUGAAUCUCGAACAGUUUGGCCUAAUUUGUGGCGAGUUGUCAACCUUAUUCACAUAUUGUUGAUAUUGGCCCAUUGGUUUGGCUGUUUUUACUUUUUGUUGUCAGAAGCUGAAGGUUUUCAGGGUGAUUGGGUAUAUCCACAUCGGCCUGGAGAUUAUGCCACAUUAACAAGAAAAUAUUUAGGAUCAUUAUAUUGGUCUACCCUCACAUUGACAACUAUAGGAGAUCUGCCCACGCCUGAAACCAACGCAGAGUACGUCUUCACAAUCGUGAGUUACCUGAUAGGUGUAUUUAUUUUUGCAACAAUUGUCGGCCAAGUCGGCAACGUUAUUACAAAUAGAAAUGCAAAUAGACUGGAAUUCGAACGAUUAUUGGACGGAGCCAAGACUUAUAUGAGACACCAUAAGGUUCCUGGUGGUAUGAAAAGGCGAGUUCUACGCUGGUACGACUACAGUUGGUCCAGGGGCAGAAUUCAAGGCGGUGGCGAUAUCAAUACUGCCUUGGGCUUGUUACCAGACAAACUUAAGACAGAACUGGCACUACAUGUUAAUCUCAGCGUAUUGAAGAAGGUGACAAUAUUUCAAGAGUGCCAGCCCGAAUUUUUGCACGAUCUGGUCCUCAAAAUGAAAGCGUACAUUUUCACUCCUGGUGACUCAAUAUGUCGCAAAGGUGAGGUUGCACGAGAGAUGUUCAUCAUUGCAGAUGGAAUAUUGGAAGUCAUCAGUGAAACUGGACGAGUUCUCACUACUAUGAAGGCUGGGGACUUUUUUGGAGAAAUCGGGAUACUUAAUUUGGAUGGACUUAACAAGCGUACAGCGGACGUUCGUUCUGUGGGUUACUCCGAAUUAUUUUCUUUAUCCAGAGAAGACGUAUUAACGGCUAUGAAGGAUUAUCCGGAAGCCCAAGAAAUACUCCAAUCUUUAGGUCGAAAACGGUUGAUGGAAGUGAGAAAUUGCGCCCGAAAAUAUGGCAAAGGCGCUAAAGCGAGCACAAGGUCGUCUCAUGCUGCCAAGGGCGUAACGAAUCAAGAAAGUGGCCCCAUCACUCCAGACGGCACUGGAGAUGAAAGUGGUCCGAAACGUAUGGUGGCUAGAUUGCGCAGCGACGUCCGCAGUGGCUUACGAAGCGUUUUGCGAAAAAGCAGGGCAAGUCGACACGAUGCGGAUUCUAUGGAGUUGAGACCACUACAUGGGGGCAGUAGAGGAACGGGGAAAGGUAUGUUAAGAAGAAUGCAGAGAGUUACAUCAGAUGAUCUGAGCAAUGAUGAUACUGACGGUAAAGAAUCUGGAGCUACCGAAGAAAAAACAAUAUCUCCUUUAGGUGCCGGUCUUCCUUUACUAACACGUCUCAGAAUGCUCAAAGAGAAACAGGACCGCGAAGAAAGAGCCUCCAAAGGAAUGGUACCUUUACUCCAGUCGUCACCAAAACACCACAUAGUGAAAAGUACCGUUUCGCCUCAAGAUUCUGUACAAGACGAACCACGUGAAGUGAUCGGAGCAGGACUUCCUCUUCUGCAGAGACUAAUGUUACUCAAAGCCAAAGAAGAAAAAGAAAAAUUGGACCAAAAAGAAAAACAAAAAGAUAAAGAACCUGAAAAACAUGCUAGAUUCCAACUCCAUAUACAACCUCCUGGACACGUAUCCAGUCCAACACAAACCUCUCCUCUAACCAAAUCGAAUUUAAAAGUUACUAGUCCAUUAACGAAAACGUUCCCGCCAGAACAAGGUACUCUUCCGCAUUCGUCCGGCAGUAUAUCUUCCCAACAAGGAGUUAAAAUGAAAGUAAGUUUUAAAGAUCGUAUAAAAAGUUUGCAGAUAGGCUUAUCUCAAGAAUCCGCAAAGUCCGACUCACCAGUGGAAAAAAAAUCUCAGACAUUGUCUAAUGCAAUUCCGCUUAAAGAUAAAUUAAGGUUAUUAGGUAACUUUAGUCCAAAAGAUGAAGGGCAUUCGAGAUUAAGCGAGAGGAGAAAUUCAGCUUCUGAAUCAUACAAAACAGAUACAGAACAAGCACAUAAACCUUGGUACAAAUUGAAAAAAGCAACUAUACUAAAUGAUGACUUGGAGAAACCUGUAAAAAGUGCCGUUACUAAGCCUUCUAAGAAAUUUCCAGCAUCUGAUACUCCAGGAAAGAUAUUAAAAGAACGAUUGAGUACUAUUGAAGAGCCACCGACGGUUAGUCCUGCGGUUACGCAAACGAAAAAGCCUGUGAUAUUACCAUUGAAGCGAGAAAAGAAAAAAUACUUAUCUAUAGACGAUUUAUCACCAGAAUACAGCGGUCUUCCGUUUGUGAAAAGAUUAAAAAUACUGAAUGAGCGUCAGAAAUUAGCAGAGCUAGAAUCUGCUAUAAAAACACGUUCUUCAAGCUUAGAUUAUACAGACACAUCAUCAGAUGCUUCUUUUGCAGCAGAUGCGCUAAUUCGUAGUCAAUCUGACACGGCCGCAUCUGGUCUAGGGUCGAUUAAAGGUAAUAUACAAGCACCGGCGAUUUUAGCCAUUUGUCCUUUCAAAGCACCACUUAAAAUAGAUAGUACAUGUACACCCCUGAUAGAUUCCACAAGCACAGCUCUUGAAAUAGCACCUCCGUCCGAACCUGUAGUUAGCGCUGAAUUACCAGUAGAUACUGUAGAAAUUUUAAUACCGGAUUUAUGUCAAGGUGAUGCCGAAGAUACAGUAGAACGUAGAAGACUGAAGUCAAUUUUAAAGCAUUUAAGCGAAGGUGCAACCUCAGCUCCUCCAGAAUCACAGAACAAAGAUCAGUUCCAUCAGUUGUUACGUUCACAAACUGUGGAAGGAUACGCUGCUAGGCAUAGUAAAUUUGUAAAAAGUGUUACGUUUAAUAAUACAUUACCAAGCCCCCCAAAUAGUGCCAAUGAAACUGUUCGAGCUAGCGAAAUGUUCUCGUUACCGCAAACGGUCGCAGAAAGACCAGUUUCAAUAGAUGUCAUGGAAUCGCAUGUUUCGGUAGAAUUCACUCAGGCAAACCAGGAACAGAUACAGCCGCCAGCGGAAGUAGUAGAAGUUGCUCCUCCGCCUGUUAAGGAUAUAUAUACUCCUAUUCAGCAACCGCCUUGGACUGCUAAACCGAAACUAAGUCUUCUAAGUGCUGUAUCGAAUCAGAGGAAAUUACUUAGAGGAUCUUUGGAAGAACAAGAAUACUUCGGCGAAGUUUUAGUAGGAAUAAAACAAGUAAUCCAAAGUCACCUGCACGACGUCCAAGGAAAAUUCCAAGAACGGUUUCGUGGUUUGGAACAAGAGGUUCGACGACGUGAUGACAUAAUAAGCCAACUGCAGGGUCGGAUACAAGAAUUGGAGCGGCAAGCUGGUAGUGGAGGAGAAAGCACUGAACGAGAAUUAGAAAAUGAGGAAUUUGAUGAAGAUCAAGACAUCAGGAAAGAAACUGACGUAGAUGACGACAGGGAUGGCCAUGACGAAGAGGAAGAAGAUGGCGAUAAUGAUAGCGAUGCUUCGUCUGCGGACCAUCCAUUUAUGCGAGGGGAUUCGUUAGACACAAUUUUCACAUCUUCACCUCCCAGAAUGGGUCCUAGUCCAACAUAUCCAUCACCGAGAUCACACAGACGAACUCAGAGACGAAGACACUCUGUGAGUCAUCAAAGACAACCUCAAGACCAGUCAGAUAACUUCACCUUAACUGCUGAUGCUUCGGGAAAUCUGACCAGAGUAUAUCAUUCCUCACCUGAUACAGUAGUUGUCCAAAUGUCUUCAGAUUCUUCAGAGGCAAAUACUGAAGAUACUGAUUCGGGCUCAGGCUCUGACUUUGAGUUUGAUGAAGAAGACCGACCAAAAUCGCCCCAAACUUCCAACGACACGAUGAUUCGUAUUCCUGAAGAAGCAGAAGAUGAGGAUAAUGAUAUAGAAGCCUACGACUAUUGUCGAACAGGGGACGAAAGACGAGAUCGUGAAGAUUGGGAAGUCAGGAUGCUGGCACAUGAGCUAGAUCGACGGGACGCCUUACGACGACGCGAUCGGAGAAGUAGUGAUGAAUCAAGUUCUGGAUCAGGUAGUCGAGGAGUUUUAACCAGAGCAGCCAGCUGCGACGAGAGGCGCCAAAAUCGACAGGAGGGAUCUAGAAAUGGAAGUUCCGACAGAAGGCGUUGCAGUGCAGACGUUACGAGGCAAAGGAGGCUCUGACUCCGGCCGGUCAACCGGGACGAAAGAAAUUCCCGGAUAAAUAAUAAUACGCUCGUAAAUAGUGACCAGGACGAGACUGGUACGCAUAGGGGGGAUAUGCAGGUUGAACCUUCUGACCAUCUUUCGGAUGCACAGUUUGCUGCGCAAAGCGAUGUAACUGGUGCACCUGAAAAUGGAACUUCACCAUCGUUACGUUGGUUGUUAGUAUUGUUGGUUCUUAAUGCUUUGGCGAGAUCUAGUAGGACGCGAAGGACUUUCUGAUGUGAAAAGUGUAAUAGUAAUAAAUGGAUAGAUUAUUUGAAAAUAAUCUACAGUUACUAUUGACUUUUUUUUCUACAUAUUAGUACUUUUAGUUUGUCCAAGCCCCAUAUUAAGCAAUUGGUAUGUAUAAUUUUUAAAUUCAUUAUUAUUGAAAUGUUCACAAACAACAAAUGGAAAACUAUGUGGUAUAUUUAAUAGUAUAAUAUUUAUUUGUACCAAACACCUAAGUUCUAUUAGAUAAACCUUAAUCAGACCAGAUAUUAUAUGCUAGUGCCAAAUAUGAUACCUACAACGAUAUACUGCAUUGUAAUUGCUCACUCGGAUAGUUUUUUUGAUGGUCUAGUGGCAAAAAGUAUAUGAUGUUUA